AGAUUUAUUAUCAUUUUGGUUAGUUGAUUUACAGUCGAUCGAUUGACCGAAAUAAGAACCCAAACGGUACGGGACUUUUCGGGAAGACACGAGUCUCCCAUUGACGGCCCGCUGCGCUGUAUUCUUAUCAGCGAGGAGCGUGUUUCCUCAGAAUUCUUAUUGUCAAUGAAUUUAGAUUUUUCUAUAGAAUGAUAAUCCUAGCUGGACAUAAAUCUGAAAGCAUCCCAUUAGACAUGUUUCGAUGGAGCAAUCUGCGUUGUAAGCGAUAAUCAUUCGAUAGUCAAUUCCAAAUGUUAUGCCGUGCACAGACAGAGCCUGCCGCACUACGGUUCUUCUUGAGCCAACAAAUUCUACCGGCCGGCACGAGCUGCGUCGCAUUGCUCCAUUUCUACUUCAGUUCUGAUUGGAUGCUGGACGGAUUCGAACGGUUUUUCAUAAUUCCCUGACAGUAAGCAUGUUCUGCUUGCAUCCUGCCCUGAUAUGGGCUAUCGCGCUGUGCUGCUUGUGCGCUUUGCUUUACCUCUGCACGUUUGCGUCCUACUUGAAGGGCGUUAAGGGAUCGAUUGCUCAGAUGGUGAGUUUGGUUCCGAUGGCCGAGCUGAGUCCCAAAAUGCGCUCGACGGCGGUCAGUGUCUUCGUGAUUGAUGUGGAACCGGAGCAGCGGGGGGAUCAGGAGUUCCACGUGUACGAUAAGAGUGCAACGUUGAAUUUGGAAGCAUUGGCGAGAGAAAGUGAUUCGCGUCAAAGUGUAAACGAAAGUGAUUUAACGGAAAAGUCUGAUAGUUUAACUAAUUUGUUGGUGUGUGAUGGGAAAAAUAAACAUUUUAGUAUUUAUCUGUACGGCUAGAAUGUAAUCCGAAAUUUAACAAUAAUUUAUACUAUCAACAUACAGUAAUAGAAACGCUGUACCAGAUCUUACAAGAACUCCAUGUUGUUGUCUCACCUGAGCUUUAAGGGUUUCUAGGGUCUCUA